GGAGCCAUUCAUAAAGUACACAAAUCCGACUCAAAGCUGAGUGUGGACGAAAAGUGAGCGGGGGGCACAGAGGAAGAGGACAAACAGCGAGAGGGAGAGGAGAUGAGUGGCCGCAGACGGUGUUUGUAGCCCAGGACGCGGAUGGUGACCCGGAGCCUGAAUAUGAAUCUUCUGAGCAGGAGGUGCUCAUGACCUGGACUGAUAUUUAGCAGGCUGUUACGUUGCAUCUCUAUCCGUUUCCUCCUCCACACACUGACGUCCAUCCGCUUCAAAAGCAGACAAGAAAGAAAGAAAAAAAAAACUUUGAUUACUCAUUUUUCCUGCACGGGCAAGCGUCUUGCCUCUGGCGUUACCGGUAAGCAUUGGAUCCGUCAACUUACUGCGACUCUCCGGUGUACAGCCCGGACCUCUGCCCCAACAUGAUAGCGACGCAGGCGAAGCUGGUUUACCAGCUCAACAAAUACUACAACGAGAGAUGCCAGGCGCGCAAAGCGGCCAUUGCGAAGACUAUUAGGGAGGUCUGCAAAGUGGUGUCGGACGUCCUGAAAGAGGUGGAGGUGCAGGAGCCCCGCUUCAUCAGCUCCCUCAGCGAGAUAGACGCGCGCUACGAGGGGAUGGAGGUCAUCUCGCCCAACGAGUUCGAGGUGGUGCUGUACCUCAACCAGAUGGGGGUGUUCAACUUCGUGGACGACGGCUCUUUGCCCGGAUGCGCGGUGCUGAAGCUGAGCGACGGCCGCAAGAGGAGCAUGUCGCUGUGGGUCGAGUUCAUCACCGCCUCGGGCUACCUCUCCGCCAGGAAGAUCCGCUCGAGGUUUCAGACUCUGGUGGCGCAGGCCGUGGAUAAAUGCAGCUACCGCGACGUGGUGAAGAUGGUGGCCGACACCAGCGAGGUCAAGCUCCGGAUCAGGGAGAGGUACGUGGUGCAGAUCACCCCCGCCUUCAAGUGCACUGGGAUUUGGCCUCGGAGUGCCGCUCAGUGGCCCAUGCCGCACAUCCCCUGGCCCGGCCCGAACCGGGUCGCGGAGGUGAAAGCCGAGGGCUUCAACCUCCUCUCCAAGGAGUGCUACUCUCUGACGGGGAAGCAGAGCUCCGCGGAGAGCGACGCCUGGGUGCUGCAGUUCAGCGAGGCCGAGAACAGGCUGCUGAUGGCCGGCUGCAGGAAGAAGUGUCUGUCCGUCCUGAAGACCCUGAGGGACCGGCACCUGGAGCUGCCGGGCCAGCCGCUCAACAACUACCACAUGAAGACCCUGCUGCUGUACGAGUGCGAGAAGCACCCGAGGGAGACCGACUGGGACGAGUCUUGCCUGGGAGACCGGCUGAACGGGAUCCUGCUGCAGCUCAUAUCCUGCCUGCAGUGCCGCAGAUGCCCCCACUACUUUCUGCCAAACUUGGACUUGUUUCAGGGGAAGCCUCACUCAGCCCUGGAGGCUGCAGCGAAGCAGACGUGGAGACUAGCGAGGGAAAUCCUCACCAACGCCAAAAGUUUGGACAAAUUAUGAACUCAGUGUCGCCACGGCACCAAGAGACUUUUUUUUUUUUUGGGAUAAAA